AUGCAGCCACUUCAACCUGACUGCGAUACACAGUCGUUGACUGACAGUGUGAUGGAUUAUCCUGUCGAGAAUGGAAGAACCUAUCAUAGGUACCACGAGGGAGCCUAUGUAUAUCCCAAUGAUGAACAGGAAAUAGACCGCCUGGACAUGCAACAUCACAUGUUCAAAAUGGCGAUGGACGGAAAGCUAUUCCAAGUUCCUCUCCAAGACCCCAAGCAUAUCCUUGAUAUCGGCACUGGCUCAGGGAUAUGGCCAAUAGAGAUGUCGGCCUUGUUUCCAAACACCGAAAUCAUAGGGACAGAUCUCUCCCCAGUACAACCAACAGAAGUUCCGCCAAACGUCCAUUUCUUGAUUGAUGAUGCCACUGAAGAAGAGUGGCUAUGGAACAAGAACUAUUUUGAUUUCAUUCAUACCGGCCACAUGACCGGGGCCAUGCCCUCGUUCAAGCGUGUACUACGACAGGCAUUCAAACACCUUAAACCGGGAGCAUACAUGGAAUGUCACGAGCUCGAUCCCAAACCAAAAUGUGAUGAUGGUACCAUGCCCCCCGAGAAUCGAGACGGGGGAUACAGCGCAUACGCCAUGCAUGAUUGGGUAGACCUUAAUAUACGCUCAGGUCGCGAUGCUGAUCCACCAAGACAAUUCCGAAUCGCUCACCGGAUUGCACAGUGGAUGAAAGAUAUAGGAUUCGUCGAUGUUGAACAACGACUCUCCAAAAUCCCCACAAAUACCUGGCCCGAGGACGAAAAGUUAAAGACCAUUGGUGCUUGGAGUGAGAACAAUUGGCUUGAUGCUCUGUCCGGGUGGUCAUAUAAGCCCUUUCUUGCACUUGGCUGGUCCAAACCUGAAAUUGAGGUUUUCCUCGUUGAUUCAACGGCGCCAUGGGAGCUGCGUUCCCGGACCAUUGGAGGCACGGCGACGCCUGGCGAAACGAAGAAACACCGCUCUGGCAAGCAUAGGGGAGGCCCGGCUGAAGAUAUCGCGUGCUUGUUUGGCCGCAAUGGGAGGGAACACAUGAAAUGGACUGACCAUCCAUGGCAGAGAGCGCCAUUCGAAACCCAAAGUUUCGUCGAUCACUCUUUCGGUCCUCCUGAAGUACCUUUUUCUUUCUCCGACCAGAACCCGGAGCCUGGACCCGAGCCCAGCGAAUUUCAUACUACUCAUCCUCCUCCGUCAUACCUCGCUAAGGGGGGCCAAGCUACACGUGAACAGAUGCUUGAGGGAUUCUUGGAUGGGAACAAUUGGGGCAUUGAAGAUGCAAGAGACUUCACUCGUCGGUUGAGAAUUGACCUCCACCGGGAGCCGCGAUACAGCCGGCAGAUAUUCGAGCGGUUACUUGCUCGUUCGGACCCAGACCUUACAGAAGCAAUUGCAUUCCUGGAUGACCCAUUUUUGAAUACCCGCGGAUCCGGGAAUUACGCCGCAGCUGUCGAAAUCUUUGUUCGAACGAAAACGAAACGCGGCAAACGAACCGCCGUUUUAAAUGCGAUUAAUCGGGCGUUGGAAUUGGGGUUGAUUUCGACUGAUGAGAUCUGUCUGAUCAUUACCGCUUUACCGAAUAUCAUCGUCGAACGAAACAAGACCCUGGGAUCAUGGGACCACAAAGCUUUGUUGAAGCACUACCGGGCGAUGUGGAAAGCUAUUGGGUGCUGUAACAUCCUCGGUUAUCACGAUUUGGAUAGAAAUAUUGUUGAUGCUUGGCUUGGAGAGCUUCUGCGUAUUCGCAGCUUUCGUUUUGCUGAGGAACUCAUCAUCGAAACCCAUGAUGCAGACCGUCGCAGCCAGUGGCCUUCUGCUUUGGUUCAAGCUUGGUUGGAAAGCAUGGAUGUUGAUUCGGAGACAAGCUUACCGUUUCCCGACAAGAUAUUCAGCCAGCUUGAUGUUGACAGUGCAGCGGACUGUGUCAUUCGUGUGACAGAGUCAUUGGCAUCGUCUUCAGCAGACAGGGUCGCCAGAAACCAAUUGCUUGAAAGAUGGCGGGAUUGCCUCGCGAACGCCGAAGUCAUUUCGACCGUUGCCAAUUCACAAGUCUGGUUCGAUUUCCCUCUGCCGUGCGUUCAAACACAAAUCAAGCAUGCCCCUUUGAGCCAUUCAACUCAACGUCAAAUCAUUUUGCGACUCUGGCUUUUACGAACGCUUGGUCGAUCUACUGGGCCUAUGUACAAUCAGAGUGCAAGAGCAACGGAUCGACCGAUCUAUUCAUUGCUCAAUCUCUACCAAACGGUGAUACAAGAUACCAGCGGAACAUUCUAUCCAAAUUUCAUGCGAGAAAUCCAUGACCUCGAUCUCCCAUACAACAGCCUUCUGCUCCUAGCCUUGAACAAAAAGGGCAAAACUUCCAUUACCAAAACAACCCGCAAAACCCUCGAACAACUGGAAACCUCCCAGCUUUCCCUAUCAGAAGUAUGGACAAACCCAUCCAUAUACAAGGGAAUACAAAAGCUUUUCCACACCACAUUCGACGAAAUGUUCCACCGCAUGAACCUCACCAGCCCAGACACAGUUGAAGAAAUCCUGAACGUUGUUCGAUCAGGAGACUCAAAGAACAUCUGGCCCAUCCUCAGACUUCUCAACAACAACACCCCAUUUAAGGUCAGCCUCCACAAAGCCUGGCAGCCCAUUCCACACCCCGACGAGAAAGUUCUCGUGCGAUACCACCCAGCCCCGCGGGACAGCCGAUGUCCCGAUCCCCAUGCUGCGGUCGACCUCAUAAACCAGCUGGCAGUUGCGCUUUCCUGCUGCAGGCACUUGACCCCGUGCCAGUCUUUCCAUAUGGUUCACUGGCUUUACGGGUAUCUUCGCAGACACGGCGGGCCCGUGGAUCCGGAGUUCGUGCGGGCCAUGUAUCAUGCUGGUGUUGUCCGAUACCGUCGUGAUGGCCGCCGUAUCUCGGCUACUCAGUAUGAAUACAUCCGUUGGAUCGUCGGCAAGUUUGAAAGCUCUGAGGUUAUUGAAGAGCUCACUUCUCUGCCUCAGAUUGGUGAAUCGAGGGUUGAUCGGUAG